AUGGACCCCGUCGACAUGGAGGCCUGGGAGGCCUCUCAACGUCGAGUUGUUCGAACACGCUGGCUGCCAACGCCAUCAGGCGUUUUCUUUCAAGGCCGCAAGCUCGCUGCUUCUCUGGCGCUGCACAUACACCAGGCCUCCCCUGUGGCUGCUCCUGCUUCCCUAGCUGCUGUUGCUUCUGCUGCAGCAAGGAGACAAUCUUUGCGAGGAUCGUUUGGUCAAGAGACAGUCAAUGCCGUUGCUCACAGGCUGCUCUCGUUGGAGGCCCACUCCUUAACACCUUGGCUGCCGUCAUUCGUGACGCUGCUGCAUCAACCCUUCGCGCUGCAGAGGCAGCUGGCAGAACACCUUGCAGCAGCAGCAGAACCUUUGCUGCUGCAGCAGCAGGAGCAGCAACCCGCUGCAGUGGAGUGGCUAGUGCAGCAGACACUGCGGGAUGCGGACCCCGGCCUACUGGGUUGGGCUCAACCUGCUCUGCUGCCUCCACGGCUCCUUCUGCAGAUAUGCGGGGGACUUCUUGGUGCUGGGUCUUACGAACUGUCCAUGGAGAUGGCUAGGCGCUUCUUCAGCAGCAUCAAAGAGUAUCUAAAGCGCGCAGCAGCAGUUCGCAGCAGCAGCAGCGAAAACAACAGCGGCAGCAGCAGCUGCACUAUGCUGCUGCCUCUUCGAGAUGUGGCGUUUUUCUACUCUGCACUCAAGCAUAGUGGUAUCCGGGAACCGGAGACGGUUCGGUUGCUGCUGCUGCAGCUGCAGGAGGACCUGCUGCGUGUUGCAGGUGACUCGAAGGCAACAACGGCAGUAGCAGCAACGGCAGCAGCGGGGCAUAAAGACGACGGUUCAACGGAAGCAGAUGCAGCAGCCGCAACAGAAGCAGCAACAACAACAGCAGCAGAAGCCGAGCGGCUGCUUGCAGUUGCUGAGGGAGGAGCAGCAGAUCUGUGUGCUGUUCUCGAUGCUGCUGCAUUCGGCUGCAGGACGCCAGCUGCAGCAGCAGCUGCUGCAGCAGCAACAACAACAGAAGCUCUUGAAGCAGCAGAAAAUGAAGUAGCAGCAGAAUUCGGUGCUAUGUUCGAACUCGCAUGGAGGAUGCUGCUGCCGCUGACCCCGCGGCUUGCCCCGCCAUGCGGGUUGCUGCUGUUUAACGCAGUGGCUGCAGGUGGCCCGCAGGCGGUCUUGACGAGUCCGGCGUAUUUGGAAAGCGUAGAGGCGUUUUUGUCCUCCCACUCGGAUUUGGAUCCCGAAGCCCUCGGCACAAUUUCUAUAUAA